AUGGCGAAGGACAAAGACGAGUUUCUUUGGAUACUCGAGGAAUUGGAAAAUACUACUCACUGUUCUCGGAGUGUGUUGCUGCUUGUCGACUUGAAUGGCAAAAAGGAACCUUUCACAGACCCAAUAGAUGCCGAUGACGCUGCUCGCUACGCUGUGGUAAAGCACAAUUUCCCUGAUCCGACAGUGAUCGAAGUCAACAACACUCUAUACGCUUUCGCAACUCGAAGCGGAGCCAAUGCAAGUUUACACGUGCAGGUGGCUAGAAGUGCGCUUGAAGAUGUAUCCUUCUGGACUUUGUCCGAGGGAUACGAUGCCCUUCCAAUAUUGCCGUCCUGGGUCAAAAGCCCAGGCGAUGCAGCGGUCUGGGCUCCUCAGGUCAACCAAAGAGACGACGGGAUGUUCGUAAUGUUAUUCUCAGCGCUGCAUAGCGAGCACACCAACAAACAUUGCCUGGGUAUAGCGACCAUUUUAGAAGUGAUCGGUCCAUACACAGCAACCAGCCAAGAGCCACUCGUCUGCCACUUCGAGCUCGGCGGCAUCAUCGACCCUACCUUCCUGGUAGAUCCAACGAGCAACACGAGCUACAUUGUGUACAAAAACGACGGAAACGCCAUCGGAAGUGGAGGAGCGUGCUCGAACAGUAACUGGCCAAAUACACCGACAACAUUCCAAUACGAUAUUCUCACCAGCAACUUGACCGAGUCCGCUCUCACCUCCAACAACGGCAGUCAAGCAAUCAACACGGUCAACAACAGCACAAUCUUCCUCCACAACGAUUGCAGCGACGGCAGCACCAUCGAAUCCCCCUUCAUUGUUCACCACGCAUACCACCACCACAAGUCUGGCAAAACCAAACACGCCUACCACCUCCUCUACAACUCCGGCUGCUUCGUCGACUCCUCCUACCGCAUCGAACACAUCCCCUGCCUCCUCAACGACACAAUAACACACUUUACCGAAUGUCCGUGGCAGGAACUCAAGAACUCCGUCGGAAGCACGCUUCUCGAAUCGGCGUCUUAUGCUCAACCCGACAAUGAUGGGAAAGGCGACGCGGUAUUGUUUGCGCCGGGUGGUCCGGCGGUAAGUCCGGAUGGGAGGUAUUUGAUUUUUCAUGCGGAUGUGGUGGAGGGGUGGAAUGCGGGAGCUAUGAAGAGAGACGCAGGGGAGGUGGAUUUGGAGGGCGAGAGGUGGAGGAUGAGGGCGAUGUUUGUGGCGGAGAUGGAGUAUGAGUAUGAUUGGGGGAAGGAGGGGGAGGAGACGAUGCAGACGGGGUUGAGGGUGAAGAGGUUGGUGGUGCCUAGUAACUAG